CUAACAAUCACCUAAACCCGGACAGACGCAAACCAAAUGGCCAAGAAGAAGUCUGUAAACGCUCCCAUUUCAAUUCGUCCCGCCUCUGGAAAGAGAAUUACCUUCGACGAGGACAACGAUGCUUCUUUCGAAUUUGGAAAUGAGGGUGAAUCCUCUGGCAGUAGCACUAAAAACGUCAAGCAAGACCACGAGGAUGAGAACGGGGAGGACAGCGAUGAUGAAGCCCCUGAAGCGGUUGGUAUAAAUGUUGCCCACGAAGCUGAGAGAGCUGCCGCGCAGCGGGAAGCAACUGAAAGAGAGGCGAAGUCGAAAGCUGCCCGCGCUCGAGCGCAAGCUAUCGCCAAUGUUAAGCAAGGAAAGAGAAUGGCUCAAGAUCAAGCACAAGUUAAGAAUAACGGGAAGGGCAAGGCCGUGGUAUCCAAGCCGGAGAAGAAGGGAAAGCAACAAGCUGAGAGUGAAGACGAGAGUGAGGAUGAAGAUGAGGAUGAGGAGACACGAAGACUGAGAAAGAGAAUGGAGGCUGCUAUGGCCCAAGCCUCUGACGAGGAGUCCGAUCUCGAUGACGAUGACAACGACGAAGAACAAGACGACAACAGUGACAUCUCCUCUGGCUCAGAGGAAGAGCUUGGCGAUCAACAAUCUUUCCAUACCGACUCUGAUGCUGUUCAUUUCUCUGAUGAAGGAGGGCUAGAAGGUUAUCAGGACGAUGGUGACGAAUCAGAUGACUCUGAGAAACUCGAAGACCUCCCAAUGGAUAGUAAGAGCAAAACAAUGUGGGCUCAGAUGCAAGCUAUGAUGGAAGCUACGGAGAAGCGAGCAGGCGUUACCUCCGAUGGGGUUGACAGUGGAAAGACAGAAAAAAGGGCCAAGACGCAGGAGGAAAAGUCCGAGGAAAGGAAGCGAAAGGCAAAGGAACAGUCCGAAAACGAAGAUAAGGAAAAAAGCGAUGAGGAGGAAGAGAACGAUGACGAGGCCCAGUGGGAUUUGGCGCCUGGUGUCAAACCUUUACCAAAGUCUGUUCUCCAGGCAGCUGUCAAGGCAGAAGAGGAGAAGAAGGCUAGAGAAGCCGAGAAGAAGGCGAGCCAAAAAGUUGAACAGGGUGCGGAGCAAAGUAGGAGAAAGAAGAGAAAGAUUGCCAAGGUUGAGACUAGUCGAAAGGUGUCUGACAAGACUACCCUCCAUCUUCUUCCACAAACACUCUCCUCCGCCGGCCCUGCUGCUCUUCCACCCAUCAUUGACGCCAGAUCUAGGCCGGGCGGUACUGCCCCUGCGGGGAAGGCGACUGUAAACAAGUUCUACAAGCGCGCCAUGAAGAACAGCGGGGUCGUCCCUGGAAGAAGUCCUUUAGAUGGAAGGAGAAGAGCUGUUAGCCAUGCUUUGCGAUAGGUUUUUUAGCGGUGGAUGGGGAAUUUUAUUUAUUUUUUAGUUUUUUUUUUUUUUCGUUGAGGAUGAUUAUGUGCUGUAGUAUGAGCUUAUAUGACUUGCUUUGUAUGCAUAUAUUCCU